AAUAUGAAAGCAGGGAAUGAGACACAAAUUUCACGAUUCCUUCUUCUGGGACUUUCAGAGGAACCAGAAUUGCAGCCCUUCCUCUUUGGACUGUUCCUGUCCAUGUACCUGGUCACCGUGCUUGGGAACCUGCUCAUCAUCCUGGUCACAAUCUCAGACUAUCACCUCCACACCCCCAUGUACUUCUUCCUCUCCAACUUGUCCUUCAUAGACAUAUGUUUUGUGUCCACCACUGUCCCGAAGAUGCUGGUGAACAUCCAGACACAGAGCAGAGUCAUCACCUAUGCAGGCUGCAUCACCCAGAUGUGCUUUUUCAUAUUCUUUGCGGGACUGGAUAUCUUUAUGCUGACCGUGAUGGCCUUUGACCGGUUUGUGGCCAUCUGUCACCCCCUGCACUACACGGUCACCAUGAACCCCAGGCUCUGUGGGCUGCUGGUUCUGGCGUCCUGGAUCAUGAGUGCCCUGAAUUCCUCGUUACAAAGCUUAAUGGUGUUGUGGUUAUCCUUCUGCACAGACUUGGAAAUCCCCCACUUUUUCUGUGAACUUAAUCAGGUGGUCCACCUUGCCUGUUCUGACACCUUUCUUAAUGACAUGGGGAUGUAUUUGGCAUCUGCACUGCUGGGCGGUGGUCCCCUCUCUGGGAUCCUUUAUUCUUAUUCUAAGAUCGUUUCCUCCAUACGUGGAAUCUCAUCAGCUCAGGGGAAGUACAAGGCAUUUUCCACCUGUGCAUCUCACCUCUCAGUUGUCUCCUUAUUUUAUGGUACGCUCCUAGGAGUGUACUUUAGUUCUGCUGCAACCCGUAACUCACACUCAAGUGCUGCAGCCUCGGUGAUGUACGCGGUGGUUACCCCCAUGCUGAACCCCUUCAUCUACAGUCUGAGAAAUAAGGACAUAAAGAGGGCUCUGGUGAGAUUCCUCUGGAGGAAAACUCUAAAAGGAUCAAUUUUCCUUCAGCUAAAGAAGUGCCCAUAAUAGCAGGACUCAAAGCCUCAGAGCUUUGAAAUCUGUUUGGAAUAUGGACGUUGAAAUUGUUCCUUCUACGCACCUCCUGGAUUAUCCGUGACUUUGAUUACACCUUCCUUAUACAAUGUUAGCGACUCACUCAUCAAGUUUUUUGCUCUGUCUGCUAUCUAGACAGUUUUGCUUUUUGUCUUUUUUUGUAUUUUCACCUGUUGAUACAAACUACAGGUCAGAAAUAGAUGGAAUCUGGGGCCAGGUAUGGUGGCUCAUGCCUGGCAUCCCAGUGCUUUGGGAGGCCGA